AUGUGGACGGGGUUGUGGUUCGCCUUCAGUGUGUCUACUGUAUGUUCGCAAUAUACUAACACGAAAAUAUCACAGGAUGGCGCUAGUUUCAGUUGGGGCUGGCACAUGUCGCCCACAAAAGUUCCUGAGAGAGUUCUAGGGCAUUAUUAUGUUAAACAACCACAGUCUGUGCAACAAGUUAAUUACUCAGCAGGCAACACGUAUCAAGGCACCAACAAUGACAUGCUCCAGGCAUCCAGCUCGGCACACGGGCACAAGUUACAAGAGACAAAACACCAACUAAACGGAAAUGUCAACGGACGACCGCAAUUGAACAGGACGCAUAUCCAACCGCCGCCUCCUAUCGAUCCCUAUCUUCUGCAACAGCAGUACAAGCCUUACACACAAUCUGUUCAACCUGAACAAGUGCUUCAAAUCCCUGGCACAGUGCAAACGACCCCUGUCUACAGCACUGGAGUAUAUAAUACACCGUCACUAGAACAUUCAAAACAUCCUCAAAAUGAAGCUCUUAAUGAAUACCGCUCACCCAUCCAAAUUUAUAAAAAUCAUAAUUGCUCUAUAAAUAAAGAAAGUAUUUCGAAAGAUCUACAAAACGAUCUGAAUAAAUCUAAGGCACUAUUCGCUGAAUCUUACAGUUUUCAGGAUGUCAAUAACUUUGCUACCAGUUAUCCCCAAUCACACUCUUACAAAGGUGCAAUUCAGUUUAGAGUUGAAGCACCGGGACCUAACGCUCGCAACGAAAGAUUUUACUAUACAACAGUUGGAACACCAACCUACGAAAAUACAACGUUAGAAGGAAUCGAUAAAUUGGUUGCUUCUACUCAGGAUCUUAUAUCAAAUGAAGAUUUAUUAUUUAUCAAUGAUGCUGCUGAAAAAUAUAUCCUCGAAGAAUCUGAAGCGACAGGGGCAAGACGCCUUAACAAUAGUAAUAAUUUACACGGGCACGACACCAGGAAUCAUAUCACUGUAAAAGCAAAGAUAGGAAACAUUGUUGGAAGUAAUAUAGAGCAUUUACAAAACAAUCAAAAUGGGCAUAAAAUACUACAAUCAGAUUCAAAUAAAUAUAAUUUUGCAACACCCAUUGUCGUAUCUGAGAAUUCUUAUACCAACUUCAAAGAACAAAUUGUAGAUAACAUCGUCUCUACAAUGGUCCCUUAUAUGGUAAACGGGUAUCAAAUUGUAGGCGUUAAAGACACAUCAGAAGAAGUAUAUCAAAAUAUCCAUGACAGCAAAAUCAUAAACGUUACACCAAGACCGAUUAAUCAAAAUUAUUUAGCACCGAUUACAGUAGCGUUAAGAUUAAUCAAUGCUAAUAAUACAGAAAUCUUUAACAGAGUAGAAGACCCUGAAGCUUCCGAUAGUGAGUUAAUUUCUGAUACAGUAAAUUCUCCGUCUAAAGGCAAAACUGUUGUAGAAGUACAAAAAUCGAUACCUGUUGAAAUUACUCAUAUAAAUGACGUAGAAGUUCACGAGUAUUUAGAUUUUGAUGAAGGUCGCAGCAAUAACAAAGGUCCCUUCGAUGCUGUAAAAUCACUAUACAAUAAAUACAUGGAUGCCUUGAACACAAAGAAAAUCAUGGAUAAUAUGGACAAAUUUCUCUAUCAGUAUGAGACAGCGAAACAUGAGAAUAGCAAAAAUGAGGAGGAUAACGAUUCUGACAAUACAGAAGCUAGUGAAAAUAUGCACACGGAGGUGCGUGUAAGCCCCAAUGAAGACAGCAAAACACAAAGAAGCGAACAUGUCCAGUACUAUGAGUCUUAUGAAAAUGACAAUAAACAGAUCAUUCAACCCAUCGUUAUAGAAAAAGAAGUCCCUGUAACUAAAUUCGUUGAUAGAGUUAUUGAAAAGAAGGUUCCAUACCCUCAACAUAUUCAAGUUCAGGUACCAGUAGACAGGCCUUAUCCUGUGGAAGUACCAGUUGAAAAAAUUGUUGAAAAACCUGUCGAGAUCACUAAAUACGUUAAUAAACCCUACCCAGUCGAAAUACCGCGUCCAUAUCCUGUAGAAGUCAAAGUACCUUAUCCUGUACAACAGAAUGUGUAUGUUGACCGGCCCGUGCACAUACCUUAUCCUGUUGAAAAGCUAGUAGAAAAAGAGGUUAUACACCCAGUGCCCGUACCAACUCCAGUUGGAAUUCCUAUACAAAUACCGUACCCAGUUGAACAUAAAAUUUUGUAUCCAGUGCCUGUGGAUAGACCUGUUCCUAUUCAAGUUGAAAAACCUGUAGAAAAAAUUAUUCAUAAAGAAGUUCCGGUGCCUUAUGCCGUUGAAAAGAGAGUUCCUUAUCCAGUGCAUUAUGAAACUAGAGUGCCAGUGCCGUAUCCAGUUGAAAAAAGAAUACCGAUACCUGUAGAAAGAAUUGUGGAAAAACCUGUGACAGUGACCAAGUAUGUGGAUAGGCCGAUACACAUCCAAGUACCAGUACCUCAACCAAUAGCUGUUCCAGUGCAUGUGCCCCAGCCUUACCCAGUCGACAGAAUCGUGGAGAAGAAAAUACCUUAUCCUGUCCAAGUAGAAAAAAUUGUGGAGAAACCUGUUAAAGUUCCUUACCCAGUUGAGAAAAUCGUCGAGAAAAUUGUCGAAAAGCCCUUUAUCGUGACUAAGUAUGUAGAUAAACCUUACCCUGUUGAGAAAUUCAUAGACAGGCCGAUACACAUACCGGUUCCAUAUGUGUACAGUCAUUCCGAGACACAUUCAGAAUCAAGAAACAACCAUCAAUAUGAACCAUACAAAGUAGAUAAGUCAAAGAACGCUCCUAACCAGAAACAGUUAUAUCUUACUGAAUAUUUUCAACAGCUGAAAGCGAAAGAACAGAAAGAACCUAUUCAAUCCACUCGAUGGGGGAACCAAUAUGCAUCAUCGUAUCAGUAUAUAAAUAAUACUUCAGAAGUCCAACCUGAUGAGGAAAAGAGACUCAAUAGCCUUGGUAAUUACCUGAAUCAUCUUACGAAUGUAAAAAGUGCCAGUCAAUACUAUGGACCUGUUCCAAUUCCGAAUCAAGACGAUUGGUGGCAGAACAAUAAGAAUUAUGUUGUGGAAGUUAAAAUGAGAAGGACAGACCGUGAGCCAAAAAUGAGUAAUCUGAGGAUCGAAUACGGAGGAUUUAAGCCCCCUUUGAUUCCUAGCACAGAAGUAGAUCUAGAUGGGAUGCCAAUUGAUAAAAAGACAUGA